AUGGAAGUAGAAAAGGAAGAGCUCCACCCGGACUCCCCUUCCAAGGGGCCCUCUGGUCCCCAGCAGUCCUUCCCAGAGAAGGUCUCUCCCGAAAAGGGCUUGGAGAUGGAGGAGAAAGCAGGAGAAGGAAAAGACUCAGAGCCCAAGAGUGCUGGGGAUGAGAAGUGCCCAGAAUUGGAACCCCAGGACAGAAGCAGCAGCACAGACCAAUCAGAGUCAGAAAGCAGCUCUGAUGAAGACAAUGAGGACCGUGACUGGAAGAGGAAGAGGAGCCGGGGAGCCCACUCUCCCCACACACCAGGAAGUCCUUCCGAGGUGGAUCACAGUGGGAAGAGCUCGGGUGCCGGUCACCCCAGGGGCCCUGGCACUCUUCACAAUGGCUGCAAUGAGGAGGCCGACAGGAAUUCCUGUUCCCGGAGGCACCAGAGAAAGCCCCAGUGCCAUGGGCGUUGGCGCAGCCCACUUGGCAAGAGGCCCCGGUCUCCAGAACCCGAGAGCACCCGGGCUUCCAAGUGCCCCCGACUUCGGCGAGGCUUGGUGACCACCCUGCGCAGCCUGUCCCGGGCCAUACAGGUGGACCUGGUGGAGACACAGAGGCAGCAGACCUGCGCCCCCCUCUCUCCAGACCAACUGGCCCUGCUGGCCCAGCUCCGGGCGCCCCUGACUGGCUUGGUGCAGGCCCUCUACUCCAUGGCCAGCCAGGCAGCCUACGUCUUCCCCGCUGAGGCCUGGAUGAUGCCCCAGUCUCCCGGCUUUGCUCAGAUGCCUGAGGCCUCUUCUCUACCGGCAGAGUCUAGGCCUGGUGCUGGAGCUGAUAAGGUUCCAAAUCAUGCGUCCCCAUAG